AUGGAUAAUAAUAUGUCAUUAAAUAGAAUUCAUGUUAGUCCUCAAUUAACAUUAAUAAUUAAAGAUUUCAGUCUAAACGAUUCUGGAAUUUAUCGUUGUCAUGGUAAACAAAAAGAAGAAAUGGACCAAAAAUUUAAUUACAGAUUGGAAGCUGUUUAUGAAUUUGAAUCGACCGAAAGUUUGCCAAGAGGAAAUUUAUCAGAUUGGCAAAAAUAUCAAGAAACUUAUUUAAUUCCAGUUACAAUGAGAUUUGCAGUUUCGAAAAUGAAAGAGAUUUCAUUAAUAAGAAAAGCGGGAAUAACAAUGGAAUUAAUAUCGGAAUGGGGCCCUUGGAGUCCUUGUGAAAAUUGUAAAUUUGGAAAAGGAUAUAAAAUUAGACAAGGCUUUUUUUUUCUUCGUCACUUGAUGUAUUUGGGAUUUAUUUUACUACUCACGUCGUUUUGCUAUUGCUCUGGAUUAGUUGCUGCUUUUCAACGACGACAUAAAUUCGAAAGUCCAAAUUACGAGGAAUUAAAAAAUCGAGAACGGGAGAAGAAACCAUUUUUCGAGGCUGUUGAAUAA